ACCAGUUUGCUGGAUGCUGCUUAGGGUGUGCUGUUCUCUACCUAUGUAAAUGGCACUUGCUGUCAGUCUUCAGCAUGGCUAAAAUCCAGGUGGGAGAUCCUAAUCCUGCAAACCCUUCCUUGCGCGAAGUGUCUCAUUUGUUUUGGGUAACCCAAACUAAAACUUGCUCAAUGGAGCCUACACCAGCAUAUGGAGUUACAGGUUUUUCAGUGCAAGUAACGUUUGCUGCCACAGAACAAACUGCUGUUGUUUCAAACGGGAGUGGUACUAGGCCCUAACCCAGGGGCAGGAAGGUUCACGUCCAGCUAAUCCUGGCUGCUAGAAGCUUAUUUUUAGUUCAGAAUUAGCCGAGGUUCAGCAUGAGCAGCGUGAGGGAGUGAACGGUUCACAGUGCCUCUUUCAGGGAACGGCUUCAAAUGAUAUGGGAAAGAAACAAGUGUGCCCGCCUCGUGCCCUCCCUCCAGUGCCAAGUGGAAACCAAGAUGAAAUUCCACUCAGUCGUCCCAAAAAAAAGAAGGCCAAAGGAAAGACUCCAUUAGAUGGCAUCGUCCAAGUAGCUGUUCGUCGGCAGUCUGAAAGCAGUGAGCCCCUAACUCCUGAACCUCAUGAUGUCCCUCCUCAAAGGAAACGCAAGAAGAAGAAAAUACCUACUGAUUCUGAGACCUCUUUUACCCAGCAAAAUGUUGCAUCCUUAUUUCAGAAUGGAGAUGGCAUGGAUGUCCCUGAAGCUGAAGAAACAGUGAUCCGCAAACAGAGAAAAAGAACAAAGAAACCUCGGCCAGCUGAAACACACUGUUCCAAUGAGCUGGAAGUGGAGGAGGAAGACAUCAUUGAAGAUGAGCAAAGAAAGAGCCCAGAUCAGCAUCCUGUGUUUGCUGCUCCCACUGGAAUUAGCCAGCCUGUUAGCAAAGUUUUUGUUGAAAAAAAUCGGCGUUUUCAGGCAGCUGACCGUGCAGAAUUGAUUAAAACCACUGAAAAUAUCAAUGUACUUAUGGAUGUGAAGUCUUCAUGGACUACCAGAGAUGUCGCCCUCUCAGUGCACCGAAGUUUCAGGGUGAUCGGACUCUUCACCCAUGGCUUCCUUGCUGGGUAUGCUGUAUGGAACAUCAUUGUUAUCUACAUUUUGGCAGGAAAUCAACUUUCCAUGGUUUCUAACCUGCUCCAGCAGUAUAAGACACUAGCAUACCCAGCUCAAAGUUUGUUCUACUUGUUGCUGUCUAUCAGUACAGUCUCAGCCUUUGACAGGAUUGAUUUGGCAAAAGCAUCAGUUGCACUGAGGGGCUUUCUUACCCUAGACCCAGCAGCAGUAGCCUCUUUCUUGUACUUUGCUGCUCUUAUCUUAUCCUUAAGCCAGCAGAUGACAUGUGACAGAAUUAAUCUCUAUACACCACCUUCAGAAAAUGGCAGCACCUGGACGGCAGGUACAGAGGAAGAAAUUGUUCAGCCGUGGAUUGUGGUGAAUUUGGUAGUGUCUAUUCUAGUCGGGGCAAGUUGGAUCUUCUUGUCUUACCGACCAGAGCUAGACCACAGUGAAGAACUGAUGUUUCAUGCUGAAAUCGAGGAAUUUCCCCAGGGAGAUAUCAUACCCAGAAUCCAGCCAUAGUAUGGAACAAGCAUCUGCAAAUACUGUAGCUGUGACUGAUGGCUCAACAUGUUGUGUAUUAUAGCCAUGUAUUAUAACUUUCUUAAAGAAAAGAAUUAUUUUUAUAUUUUAUAUAUUUGAUUUUGCUCUUUUUAUGUAUGUUACAAUUUCCAAAUGUGACUGAAAACUUUUAUACUUUUGCUUUUUAUUUUACAAAGUAGAUUAUCUCUAGUGCAUAAAGUCAAGGUGGUUUUGUAAACAUUGCUACCUAUAUAGCCAAAGAAACUAGAUGGAUGCAGAAGAUCAGGUAUUCAGUGCUUUUUUUGACUGCUGUACAACCACCUACUUUUGUUACUAAUGCUGAUAGCAGUUGGCUUACCUGAUUUGGCUAAAUACUCUCUAGAGAUUAAAAUUAAUCUUACGAAGAAAGUAGUCUAAGGAAGAUUAUAACAAACAGAGUUAGGAAACAUAAACAUUAGAAAGUUAGCAAGCAUAAAAUAAUCUUGGUUUAGUUGUCAUAAAAAGUAUUUGCUAGAAUAAGGAAUUGGAUUUUCAGGGAUUUUGUUUGAUAAUUCCUUAAAAGAGGACACUAUUUUUCUUCAUUUAGUUCUCUUGACAAAGAUCUUGGUGAUAGCAAGUUCUUUCAAGUUGAUGUAGACACAAGAAACAGAAGUUUUAAUGUGCAGCAGUUUGGUCAGCUAAUGAAUACCUAAACACAUCUUUUAAUCAACCAGGGUGUUUUUGGGUUGCCAAGAGGACAUAUGUACAUCCUAUAAUUUCUUGACAGUCAGGACGCCCAGCUAACACAAAGCCAUUCACAGGAAUAGUGUUCCGAUUUCUCCUUAUCUUGUAUUGCAAAAGCAAUACUGUUAUUCAGUGCUUUUUCUAAAGAAACUUGGAUUUCACAGAUGUUAAAAAUGUUCCUACUUCUACACAUUUUGAUGAAGAAUGAUUUCCCCCAAAAGGAUGUUUGUUGUUUUGUGGUAGGAUGGAAUGGGAAACUUCUUCCUAAAAUUACAAGAAAAUGCUUACUAAAGCAAAACAAAAACCCUAUAGCAACCCACCUUCUACGUAGUGAGGUAGUAAUAACAGUGCCAGUUGGUGGUUUUUGAUGAUGAAAGCCAACGUUCUUUUUCUUUUAUGAUGAAGUGGCAAAAUGAAAGCAUUGCAGAUGUGAAUAAAUACAGAUGUCUUGCAGAAUGAAACAGUGUCCUUAGCAGACAUAGACAAGAGCUAGUUUGAAAUCCAUUUCUCAAGAAAGUAACACCUAAAGCCCCAAAACUAUUUGUAUGUGUUAUUUAAUAUGUAUUGAUUUUGCAUUGUUUUAUUUAAUGUGUGUUUUUAAGUGUCGUCGUAAAAGUUGUGCAGUUGUCAAAGUUCCCUGGAGAAUUACUCUACUUUCUAGUAGUGAAUGUAAGACUUGAAGGGGGAUGUUGUUACCCGAGUUUCUUUAAAACAAGGAUGGGAACAUGAAUAAGUAGGGCUGCUGCUGCCCUGUUGAGGACUUGAGUUCUGUUAUGCUCAUCCAGCAAAUUUAAGUAAUUAAAAAAUUCAGUGUUCAGGAGCUGUUAACCUUUUUUGUAAAUUGUUAUGGUUCUUGUGUAUGUUUUUUUGCAAAUUGUGGAUCUAAAUUAUGGCUGGCACUCCAUUGUACAUUAAAAUGGAGAGAUUCAGGGUGCUGCUCCCCUUCAGUGUUAAACUGGAGGUUCUUGUCAUAAUUUGGCUGUAGGAGAUGGGGGAUGAGGCACCACGUAGUGUUCCCAUGCAAGCUGCUACCACAUUUUUUCCAGAUAUGGUGUUUGGUUUAUAGAAUUGUUGAGCUCCUGAAGAUGAGAUUAAUAAUGGCUUCUCUUUGCUGUUUCACAUUUCUGUCAUCUUGGCAUGGCAAGAAGUAUAAUUUUGCCCGUCAAGUGUGGAGCUAAGGCACAACAGUGCUAAGGCAUCAAAUCAGUACAGGAAAAACUUGGAAUAACAUCAUUGCUUGAUUGCCGAUACUAUUACUAGGAAUUGGCCUUCCAAGUAUCCCUUGGACAAAGUGAUGCUAGCCAAGAGCCAGAUCCGUUCUUGUUGUGAAAUAUGGCAGUUUGUUUAGAUAGUUGAGCAGGGAUUAAGUUAAUGAACUUAAUGGGAUCGAUCAAUAUUUCAAACCAGGCUUGCCUUUCCAGUUUGUAUUUUUGAGAGGGUCUGAGUAUAUGUAUACUUGUAUUAAUGAGGUUUGCCAUUUAAAAAUCACACUUAAACAAUUUGUUGGCUAAUUAUCUAUUUUACAAAGUACUUUUCAUUCCAUUAAGCCUCACAAUGGAAUGAGUUUAACUCAGCUUUUUCGUUUAGUUACUUGGGAAGUUUUAGAAUGAGUUUACAAAAUAGAUUUUUAAUUACGGAACAUGCAAUAUCUGUAGAAGCCUUAACUGAAAUGCUUUUGUGUGUUUCCAUACCAUUGUCUUUAAUGCAGUAUUUUUGUGUUAAUGAAAAAAUUACAAAGACAUUAGUGCCAAUUUCUUGGGUUUGCAUAUAUGAAACAAGCAACUGCUCUAAACUAGUUAGAAAUGAUUGUACUACUUUGUCCUGUUUCCAAAUGAUUAGUCUGUUCAUUAUGUAUAAUAUACUAGCUCUGAACAGGUGACUAUGGGAAAACAUUUUUCCUUUAUUGUGAUAGUGUUGUAAAUAAUGGCUUUACUUUGUCAGAUUCCUGCUGCUGUACUGGUCUUUAGCGCAAUCAGAAAUGGUACUGUAAA